CUGUUCUUUGGCUGCCGUGUCUGUCUGUCUUUUUUUUUUUGUGUGUGUUUUUUGGCAUUGAUUUUAAUCUUUUCUUGGGGUCACAAUGCUCAUCAUUUUCUCCUCUCAGGUCAUGGAGCUAAUAUUAUUAGGUGAAGAUCAAAUGGUACAGUGCAUGCAGUUACCAUCUUCAUUUCUUAAAUUUGUGGAUAAAUCAGAUUUUGGAACCUGGGAACCUAGUUUGUGGUUGUACUCAGUGUUCUAGGUGUUAAUGUCACUUGCUAAUCACUAGAAUUUAAAUGCGUGGAGUACAUUGGCAACUAUUAUAUAUGCUUGUAAUAUUGUUUGGAGGGCACAGAUUGACUUACCACAUGCGAAUGUCAACUGCUACAUUGAAUAGCAGUGUUACUAUCGUUUUAAAAGCUUGGCAGUAUUUUCAUUUUCUUUAUUUAAUGAACUAUUUUCUUAAUUUUGGUUUUCUUCUGUACAUGCCAUUGUAGAAAUUAGUUAUCAGCUUUUCUUUUUUUUUUGAAAUUUCAGAUUAUUUUGUGUGGUUUUGUAAUUUGAUUCUAUUCCUAAGUUGAGAUGUGCUAUCUAUGCUCGUUUUUUCUCAGUUUUUAUUCAAAGAUAUGCAUUUUCCCUGCUUUCCCUGCUUUUCCCCUUUUUUCCCCAUCCGAAUAGGAUGGGGGUUUAACACCCAACGUGGAAGUGGAUUGGGUGGUGGGAGGGGAUCCACCCAAUCCUGGACUGGUGGUGUUUCCCCCUAGGGAAAGCCCUCCCCACGUGCCGAACGAGGCCUUAAGGGGUGGGAAAUCAUAUCCCAAACCCAUUAUCCAAACAUGGCCGAGCUCGAGUGAGCGAGCAUGAAGCUAGAGCCACAGCUGGCGAUCACGAUGGAGUUGGGUCGUAGCAGCGAUCCUAACAUUUCCCUGCAGUCACGGAGACACAGCUACCUGCAGGAGAUCCGGAGCUUGGCCGUCGACUCGGCCGGCGGGUGGUCGCCGUCGUCGUCGUCUCGGUCGGCGAGAUCCAGUAGUUACUACAGCAGCAGUAAGUCAAGCAGCUCUCGUCAUCGCUACGCCCCUUACUCCAUCUCAUCUUCCCGGAGGUUGGCAAGACUUGAAGACAAAAGCCCUCGCGACAUUGCGCGGCGGAUGGUCCGCGACGGCUUCAUGGGCAAGCUGAUCGGGGAGUUCGGCCGGGCGCCCAGACCUGCUCUGGAGAGGUGGUUCUCCGAGCUCGACGUCGGCUGGGUACUCCGGUCGGCGCUGGAGAAGGAGAAGAGCGAGCUGGCCUUGGAUAAGCUGUACGAUCUUGCCGUGCAGAGGUGGACACGAGGAUUCACCGUGAUGGCCGAAGCGCUCAGCGCCACGCAGCGCCAUCUCCAGGAAGAGGGCCGUUCGACCGCCCAAGUCGACCGGGACGACGACCUUCGACUGGUGCGGUUCGUUGAGGCGACCGUCUGCAAGAUGCUUGCCUUUGCCAAUUCCCUAGUCGCCGUGGCCGAUAAAACCUGGAAUCCAAUGAACAAGCUCUCGGGCCUCAUGAACGUGCGCAGCUGCAUCUCCCACGCGUCUGAAAUCAUCAUGCUCUCCUUGAAGAAGGAGACCCUCUGGCUACCAGAUUCGGACGAAAUGCUGCAAGGCCUGCUCAACAAGACCAGCAAUAUUUUCUCGACUGCAAAAGAUAAUUUGGGUCAGGCCAUACAAAGGAUGGCAAACGAUGCUGAAGCUGUUACUCCUGUCUUGAGUGGCAUGCAUUCCUGGGAAACUUUCCCGCAGAGUGCAGAAAUCCACAAGGCUACUCACUUAAUUAUGGACUAUGCAAGACUAUUUUGGGGACACAUUGACGAGCUCAACUCCAUACUAGGCCAAUGUUGGCCUCAUCGCAUCCUAAAAUGCGACAUCAUUGAGCAAAUGAUCAGCAACUUAAUAGAUCAUCUGGAGAAGAAAUCAGAGUCGUUCUCAGACCCUAUCCUGAGGGAUAAAAUAUUGCGACUACCGAAAUUGCUAUCUCAAUGUCUCCUGGGAUACAGUGCUAUCUUGCCUGCACAUUAAGAUGACAACGCUCUGGUUUUCUAAACCCUCGCAGCUAGCAAGAUUCAAAUCGGAAUUUCAGAGAACAUGCAGACAUCAGAAGCUAUGGAAGGUUCCGAACCCUGAGCUCAGGAGGAGCCUGCGAAAAGCUAUCAUUGACAAGGUUAUUACUGGUCCUACUGGAUACAGAACAUACCUGGAGGCCCAUCCAGAGCAGGAGAAAUGUGGCAGUAAUCAACAGGACAUGGAAGACAUGGUGAACGAGCUUUUCGAAGGAUGAAGGAUUAUUCCAGCUUCAUAUUGGCAUGCCCAUUUAUAUAUAGAGUAUAAAUUUUAAAGCAGCUACGACGAGAAGAGGCCAAGACUAAACAAGUUCAGACGAUGCUCGUUUUUACUGUACUUUGAUAUUCUCCUCGUUCUAUCCCUUUUUUAAGAUAUCCUCAAUUUUACCUUACUGCAAAUAAAAUGUAUUGGACGGCUUCUUUGUGCCACAUCUAUCGGCAGACAAAGAUACAUGAUUCCUCUUGUAUUAGUCCUUUCUUUGAUUCUUUCCCAUAUGGCUGACUCGGCCAGGCCUUAGGGGCUCUGACAGCUGGGGAGGCAGAGAUAUAUACAGACCCAGUUCAAUA